CAUCCAUACAAUCAAAUCAACAUGGCCUAAGUAGAUGUUUUACAAGCAAAUACAUGAUAGAUCUGCAUUAGAUUACAGUGGGAAUUUCAACAGAACGACCUAUGACACGUUAAGAGCCUCUGUUUGGAUAGCCGUUGUACAGGUUCCUUUGUCUAGUGUAACGUCACGUUUGUUUCUUCCGUUUCUGGGCUUACAUCGUCAAACCAUGGAUGCUCCUCACAUUGGCGUGAUGUUGGUUGCGCUGUCGUUCUUGACCACCAGCGACGCAGUGUUGCCGGGCAACCCGAAGGUGAUUGACAUGACCUACACAUUUGACGACACCACCAUCUACUGGCCCACGGCAAAAUCUUUCAGGCUGACGAACGUGUUCAGGAACUACACAGCUGGAGGGUACUGGUACGAGGCUGCUGAAAUGGAGGCGGCAGACCACGGGGGUACCCAUCUGGACGCGCCUGCGCACUUCAGUAGGAACAAGUGGAGAACGGACGAUAUUCCCAUUGAGCGGCUGAUGGGACCAGCCGUGGUGGUGGACAUAUCCGCCAAGACAACUGGUAAUGCGGAAUACGAGGUAACCCCACAGGACUUCCAGGACUGGGAAAAUACGCACGGCAGGAUCCCCGAUGGCUGCUUACUGUUUGUAAAGACCGGUUGGGGUAAGUAUUGGCCCGACAAGAGGCAGUACCUCGGCACAGACACCAAGAACACGUCUCUACUGCACUUCCCUGGAAUACACCCAGAUGGCGCUCGUUGGCUUGUGCAGAAUCGUGGCAUGCACGCUGUUGGUAUUGACACGGCCUCUCUUGACUACGGACAGUCCACUACAUACGAGUCGCAUCAAAUCCUGUUCGGAGCCAACGUGCCAGGGUUUGAGAACGUGGCCCACCUGGACCAGCUGCCCACGAAGGGCGCGAUCGUGUACGCCCUGCCGAUGAAGAUCGGAGACGGCAGCGGGGGCCCGGUACGGAUGAUCGGUGUUCUCGGUGGUACAGUAGGGGCAGCGGGAACAGCAAAGCCGAUGGUCGGUCUCAUGUGUUUCCUCGCAGGGCUGUUCUUCACUCUUCUUCCGGUUGCGCUGUUGUUCUUGACCACCAGUGACGCAGUGUUGCCGGGCAACCCGAAGGUGAUUGACAUGACCUACACAUUUGACGGGACCACCAUCUACUGGCCCACGUUAAAGUCUUUCAGGCUGACAAACGUGUUCAGGAACUACACAACCGGAGGUUUCUGGUUCGAGUCUUCUGAACUGGAGGCGGCAGAACACGGGGGUACCCAUCUGGACGCGCCUGCGCACUUCAGUAGGAACAAUUGGAGAACGGACGACAUUCCCAUCGAGCGGCUGAUGGGACCAGCCGUGGUGGUGGACAUAUCCGCCAAGACAACUGGUAAUGCGGAAUACAUGGUCACCGCACAGGACUUCCAGGACUGGGAAAAUACGCACGGCAGGAUCCCUGAUGGCUGCUUACUGUUUGUAAAGACCGGUUGGGGCAAGUAUUGGCCCGACAAGAGCCAGUACCUCGGCACAGACACCAAGAACACGUCUCUACUGCACUUCCCUGGAAUACACCCAGAUGGCGCUCGUUGGCUCGUGCAGAAUCGUGGCAUGCACGCUGUUGGUAUCGACACGGCCUCUCUUGACUACGGACAGUCCACUACGUUCGAGGUGCAUCAAAUCCUGUUCGGAGCCAACGUGCCAGGGUUUGAGAACGUGGCCCACCUGGACCAGCUGCCCACGAAGGGCGCGAUCGUGUACGCCCUGCCGAUGAAGAUCGGAGACGGCAGCGGGGGCCCGUUACGCAUGAUCGGUGUUCUCGGUGGUACAGUAGGGGCAGCGGGAACAGCAAAGCCGAUGGUCGGUCUCAUGUGUUUCCUCGCAGGGCUGUUCUUCACUCUUCUUCCGUGAUUUGCACCCACAAGAUGGGAAGAGUCCUCACUUUGUAAGGAAGGGUACAGCUUGAUACAAAAUAGAGACGUAUUUGGGCAUAUCAUAGAGCAUUUCAGUUUAUUGUUUUCGCCUACCGGUACAUGUUAUAAUACGUAAUGUGGCAUAUAAGUGAUACGUUUGUCAUGCGUCAUGUCUUUGCAACAAAUAGUAAGAACAUAAUAAGUUUAUACGUAGCAUCAAUGAAAUCAAUUGAGUAUUGGGUCAGAAAAUCAAGCCUCAUAAGAAUCUAAUUAUGUUACUAUUUCGUGUAUGUAUCAGAACUAUCUAAUCAGAACCUUACUAUUUCAACAAUAGAAUUAGGUUACUUUGUUAAAUUGAGUUUGGAUUUUUUGUUAAAUAUUGCAACUGAGAUGUUUGGUUCAGCGUAUUCUAGACAUGGCUGCUCUGAGUAUCUCUAAGUCUGCAUUUGGGAGACGCAAGGUACACUUUUGAUCUACACUUAAAUGUAUUUUUUCUUGCCUUAUCUUUAUGUUCUACAAUACGGCGAGUCUUUUCUGUGCCUUCAUAUUACUUUACAGUCUAAAGGUAUUUCUUGAAGUUAGUAUGUCUUAAGGAAUAGUAAUACUAGGCAGGUGAAACUUGUCUGCUGUGCUGGGUAUUUGUUUUGAGACGACGGGCAAUAAAACUUGUCCAA